AUGGGCAAUGAGGCCAUCAACAGUCAACUUCCUCACCAUCACAAUGCUGUCGCACUUGACGAGGAAAAGGACCCGACGGUUUUCCAGCCACCGAAGUAUCUUGACGAUAGGGAUCCUUCAUCGCAUAGCUCUCAGACCGAGUUUGAAAGGGAUCGAAUGAUCCAAGGAAGCGAAAAGUUCAAUCGACUUGGCUGGAAACGUCUUACUAUUGUCCUCAUCGUGGAAGCCAUUGCUCUUGGAAGUCUUAGCCUUCCUGCAGCAUUUGCAACACUCGGCAUGGUUGCCGGUGUCAUUUGCUCUGUUGUGAUCGGUCUCAUUGCCACAUACGCGAGCUUUAUUGUUGGCGCUGUGAAGAUCAAAUAUCCACAAGUUGAAAAUUACGGAGAUAUCGGAAGAUUGCUACUCGGAGAGGCGGGCUUUUGGAUCAUUACUGCAGUUUUCGUGUUGUCGCUUCUGCUUGGGGUGGGUUCACAUUGUCUCACUGGCAUAAUUGCCUUGGUGAGGAUCACUGAAAGUGAUAUAUGCACAGUGAUAUUCGGGUUGGUCUCCGCUAUUAUCCUUCUCCUGGCUGCUAUCCCACCAACGUUUGCGGAGCUCGCUGUGCUGGGCUAUAUUGAUUUUGCAUCAAUUGUUAUCGCCAUAGGCAUCACGAUCAUUGCCACGGGCGUACAGCGUGCUCAAAACCCGGGUGGACUAGCAAGUUCAACUUGGUCGGCCUGGCCUAAAGAAGACGCCGACUUUCCGAAGGUGAUGGUUGCAAUCAACAAUAUCGUAUUCGCAUAUUCAUUCGCUCCCACCUUGCCAACGUUUAUGACCGAGAUGCAUACACCGAAGGAUUAUGUCAAAUCCGUCUAUUUAAUCGGAUUUAUUGAGAUCAUCCUUUAUACACUCAUUGGAUCUCUUGUCUACUGUUUUGUUGGCCAGGAGGUGCAGUCCCCUGCAUUGCUAUCAGCUGGUCCCCUUGUCUCGAGAAUCGCUUUCGGGGUUGCCCUCCCAGUCAUCUUUAUAUCCGGUUCCAUCAAUACCUCCGUUAUCGCUCGGUAUCUGCAUGGACAUGUUUACCGGAAUUCCGUCGUUCGUUAUGUGAAUACGAAAAUGGGGUGGAUCACCUGGAUCGCGCUUGUGUCUGUUCUCACAUUCCUCUCAUGGAUAGUUGCCGAGGCUAUCCCGGUGUUUUCCGACAUGUUAUCCAUCUGUGCUGCCUUGUUUAAUUCGGGCCUGUGUUUUUACGUGCCCUCAGUCAUGUGGCUCGUUCUUCUCAAAGACGGGAGUUUGCUUUCGGGAGAAAAUGUUCGGACCGCUUUUUACAAUGGGGUUGUUUUCCUGUUUGGCAUAGGUGUUCUGGUCUGUGGCAUGUACGCCAACAUCCUGAAUCUGGUAAGUGAAGUCAAGUGA